CCAGCCCUCCCGCUGCCUGCGUCCUCAUGGCCCGGCACGCGACGCUGGUGGCCACGGCCCUGGCGCUGCUCUUGCUGCUGGCUCCACAGGGCCUUGCGUGGUACAAGCCGGCGGCCGGGCCCAGCCAUUACUCGGUGGGCCGCGCCGCGGGGCUACUGUCCGGCUUCCGCGGAUCCCCGUUUGCGCGGCGCUCGGAGCUCGCCGGCGGGACGGGCCUCCAGCGCCGCGCCGGCGCCUCCUCGGAGCUGCGGCCCAGCCUGCGGAGCCUCGCCGUGUGCGUCAAGGACGUCACCCCGAACCUGCAGAGCUGCCAGCGGCUCCCCGACGGCGGGACCUUCCAGUGCAAGGCGGAUGUCUUCCUGUCGCGGCGCGCCGCCGACUGCCAUCGCACCUGAGCCCCCGGCCCAAAAUACCAACCUCGUUGACCCGGUGGGUGCCCCCAACGCCCACUGCCCGCUCAGGGACCCCCAGACCUGCCUCGCGGGAUGGCACCCCUGACCCUCCCUCCCCGCCCCGUGCAGUAAUCCGCCAAAUGAAUA